AUGACAAACGACAGACGACAAACAACAGACGACAAACACGACGACAACGACAGACGACAAACGACAGACAACAGACGACAGACGACAAACAACAAACGACAAACAACAGACGACAGACGACAAACGACAGACGACAAACAACAGACGACAGACGACAGACGACAAACGACAGACAACAAACAACAGACGACAAACGACAGACGACAAACGACAGACGACAAACAACAAACAACAGACGACAGACGACAAACAACAGACGACAAACAACAGACGACAAACAACAGACGACAAACGACAGACGACAGACGACAAACUACAGACGACAAACAACAGAUGACAAACAACAGACGACAAACGACAGACGACAAACGACAAACUACAGACGACAGACGACAGAUGACAAACGACAGACGACAAACAACAGACGACAAACGACAGACGACAAACGACAGACAACAGACGACAGACAACAAACGACAAACAACAGACGACAGACGACAAACGACAGACGACAAACAACAGACGACAGACGACAAACGACAGACGACAAACAACAGACGACAAACGACAGAUGACAAACGACAGACAACAGACGACAGACGACAAACAACAAACGACAAACAACAGACGACAGACGACAAACGACAGACGACAAACAACAGACGACAGACGACAGACGACAAACGACAGACAACAAACAACAGACGACAAACGACAGACGACAAACGACAGACGACAAACAACAAACGACAAACAACAGACGACAGACGACAAACGACAAACAACAGACGACAAACGACAGACAACAGACGACAGACGACAAACAACAAACGACAAACAACAGACGACAGACGACAAACUACAGACGACAAACAACAGAUGACAAACAACAGACGACAGACGACAAACUACAGACGACAAACAACAGAUGACAAACAACAGACGACAAACGACAGACGACAAACGACAAACUACAGACGACAGACGACAGAUGACAAACGACAGACGACAAACAACAGACGACAAACGACAAACGACAGACAACAGACGACAGACGACAAACAACAAACGACAAACAACAGACGACAGACGACAAACGACAGACGACAAACAACAGACGACAGACGACAGACGACAAACGACAGACAACAAACAACAGACGACAAACGACAGACGACAAACGACAGACGACAAACAACAAACGACAAACAACAGACGACAGACGACAAACGACAAACAACAGACGACAAACGACAGACAACAGACGACAGACGACAAACAACAAACGACAAACAACAGACGACAGACGACAAACGACAGACGACAAACAACAAACGACAGACGACAAACGACAGACGACAAACAACAGACGACAGACGACAAACAACAGAUGAUAGACGACAGACGACAAACGACAAACAACAGACGACAAACGACAGACGACAGACGACAGACGACAAACGACAGACGACAGACGAGACCGAGACGGAGACUGAGUCCACAGACCUUUAGGACCACGAGACGAACAGAGACAAAUGUAAACAAAGGUUUUUCUCGUCAGAUGAAAUCGUGCGACUCUGUGUGAGUGAAACUUUCACAUCUCCAGGUCGAUGCUGCGUCCAGGUUCAGGGUUUGGGUUCUGUUCACGUGUGACACUUUUGGGACGUUUAAAGUUCACACUGGAGAUUCACACACAAGGAGCAUUGAAGUGGAAAUGUGAACGAGCUCAAAACAAAAAUCACAUUUCACUAAAAAACCUGAACUGAGCUUUAAACCUGCAACUGAACGAAACUAAGACUCAACUCCACAUCUGAACAUUAAGAACAGACCAAUCAGACGCCGUCUUUCCCCCAGGCCCCUCCCACUGGCGUUAGUAACAGGUUUGAUUGACGGCGUUGCUAAGGGAAGGGCCGUUACCUUCAGCAGUCUGGCUCCUGAUUGGCUCUUUGGUUGCCGUGACGCUCAGGGUCGGAUCUAAUCGGGAAGAGACUCGGCUCUGGACGAGACCUCAGGGACAAACUCAACUCUACAGUCUUCAUUGUGCCUUCCAGGGUUUUCCAGGGUUUUCUAGGUUUUCCAGGGUUUUCCAGGGUUUACAGAUUUAUUAGAACAUGUGAAGACUGAACCUGUUCACACAGAGAAAGUUUCACACGGGUAUUUUGAUCCAGAAGUCCAACUGUACUUUGUUCUGUUUGAGUUUGUGGUGUCGGUGCAGAGUAAACACAGAGAUCUGACUCACGCACUUUAUGGACCUCACACACGGGGACCUCGCACACGGGGACCUCGCACACAGGCCCUCGCACAUGGGGCCUUGUAUUUUGGGAAA